UAUGUGCCUAAGUUCCAGAAUCUCCUGAUGUAAGCAUGGCCGAGCGUGAGGACCACUCUCUGCGGAUCGUUCUGGUCGGGAAAACUGGAAGUGGGAAAAGUGCCACAGCAAACACCAUCCUUGGAGAAAGAAAAUUUGAUUCUAAAAUUGCUGCCCAUGCUGUAACCAAGAACUGUCAAAAAGCAUUCCGGGAAUGGAACGGGAGAAAGCUUCUUGUUGUUGACACCCCAGGGCUCUUUGACACUAAGAAGAGCCUGCUCACCACCUGCAAGGAAAUCAGCGGGUGCGUCCUCUCCUCCUGCCCAGGACCACACGCCAUCGUCCUGGUAAUGCAGCUGGGACGCUUCACGGAGGAAGAGCAGAGAACCGUUGCAUUGAUCAGGGCUGUCUUUGGGGAGCCAGCCUUGAAGCACAUGAUGUUCUUGUUCACUCGCAAAGAAGAGUUGGAGGACCAGAGCCUAAAUAACUUUAUAGAAAGUGCAGAAGGGAACCUAAGAAGCAUCAUCCAGGAAUGCGGAAACCGCUUCUGUGCCUUUAGCAACAGCCCCAGAACGAGUGAGGAUGAGAAGGAACGUCAAGUUCAAGAGCUGGUGGAACUGAUAGAUGAAAUGGUGCGAAACAAUGAAGGGGCUUACUUCUCUGACGACAUAUACAGGGACACAGAGAAAAAACUGAAACACCAUGUAGAGAGUUUGAGGAAUGAGUAUGCUAAGCAGUUAAAUGAGGGUGUUAAACAAAUAGAAAAGGAAUAUGCUAACUCAGAGCAAGAAAAGAUGGAAAAAAUAAAUUCACUAAGGAUGAAAUAUGAAGAAAACUUGAGAAAUAUAAGGGAAGAGGCUGAGGAGAAGACAUACGAAAAUGUUGUUCAAAAGAUUAGAAAGAUACUUUUGAAAAUAUGGCAAAGGCUUUGGGAGUAA